AUGGCCAUGAUUAAGAAAAGGAAGUACAAUGAAGACUACAUUAAAUAUAGUUUCACCGUCAUGGAAAGAAACAAGAUCGAUCAUCCUCAAUGCGUAGUAUGCCACACACUUCUCAACAAUGAUGCCUUGAGACCUAGUCAUCUUGAGCGACACUUGACAAAGAACCACAGCACUUUGAAAGACAAACCAAAAGAGUUUUUUGCUGAUAAACUUCAAAAGUUAAAAUGCACGAAGCUGGACACUACUGGAGCUUUUUAUCAAGUGUCGGUCAAAGUGGUAUAAGCAUCUUAUGAACUGUUGUUGCUCAUCGCUAAAGCCAAGAAAGCGCACAUAAUAGGAGAAACUCUUGUGAAGCCUUGCUUGUUAAAAGCAGUUGAUACCGUGCUUGGUGCUGAAACAGAAAAAAAAUCAGAAAUUUCACUUUCUGACAAUUCUGUGAAACUUUGCAUCGAUGACAUGGCAAAAGAUCUAAAACUUCAAGUUGUGGAGGCAGUGAAAGCUUCUCCUUUUUUUGCAAUUCAGUGCGACAAUAGCACUGAUGUAGCACAAUACUGUCAGUUUCUCAUGUACAUUCGAUUCAUUAAUGAUGGAAUUGUAAAAGAAGAACUGCUUUUUUCGAAGGAAUUGAUGACCACAUCAAAGGCUUCUGAUGUUAUGAAAACCGUUUCUGACUUUUUUUAAGAAAGUGGACUUUCAUGGAGAAAACUGGUUGGUGUCUGCACAGACGGUGCUUCAGCAAUGCUUGGCUCUCGCUCUGGAUUUGUGACAUUGGUUAAAGAAAAAAAUCCAGUUGUAACUACGACUCACUGCAUCAUACACAGACAAGUCUUGGUUGCUAAAACCCUUCCAGAUGACCUACGUGACUCAUUGAAUUUGGCCAUCAAAGUUGUCAAUUUUGUGAAGAACAGAGCUUUAAAUAUGAGACUUUUUGCAGCUUUUUGUAUGGAUUUGGGAGCGGAUCACAAAAUUAUUUUGUUUCACACAGAGGUACAAUGGCUUUCCAAAGGGAACAUACUUUUGAGAUUAUUCGAACUGAAAGACGAAGUGGAAAUUUUCCUCAAGCAACAGAAAAAACAAGAGUUAUAUUGUGCAUUUACUAACCAAAUGUUUCAACUUCCAUUGGAAUACCUCAUGGACAUUUUUUAA